UGCAAUCUCCUCCCUGAAUCGCGCCCAGCGCUGCAGAUCCCAGUGCUCGGACACGCGGGCCGAAUGCAGGUGAGGAAAGACACGGACUCUGCGGCUGCGAACCCAAACUUGGGCCCCGCGCGGUGCGCACGGCUCAGCCUUCACCCCCGCGGGCGAACGGCUGCUGCGGUUUCAGGAGGCGGCUUCGAGACUAAUGACCUUGCGCAGAGUUGUUAAGAAAAAAGAGAAACCCGAGCUCUCUGGGUGAGACGGGACCGACACUCAGGGCGUCUCUGAAAUGGCUCGGGCUGCUUUUCCGCGCACGGGGGGAACCCGGACGCGAACGGCCGUGUGACUCGAGACGUCUCCACUGCACGGUGCCCGAAGCGACCUGCCGGGAUUUUUCAUUCCCAAUCUGUUGACUGGCUCCCCCGCUGCCUGAGCGGAGACGGAGUUGAGACUGGCUUGUUGCUGGCCCUAGCACCUCUUGCAGGAAGCGACUCACGUUUGCCUGGGCAGCCGGCGCGGAAGCUGGGUCUGGAGUGAGUGGCUGGAACGUGAAUUGGACUCAACUCGAGUAGCAGCGAAGACGAGCGGGGUUGGCAGGCGGGGGAGGCUGCAGGCUCGCUCCCGGCCGCUUCCCGGCUCCACCGCCCGCCUGCCGGAGCGGUUCCAGCCCCAUCCGACUGAGCGGUGACGGGAGCCCGGGUUCCUCUGCCGGUUGCGGGGAUGACUCUGGGGGGGCACCGAGCCCGCGGCGCGCAGUGUCCCGUGAACUGUGAGUACUGCGACUGAACGGCGGCUGGCUAGCGGGCGAUUAGCACCCAUUGCAUAAAUUAUGAAACAAUAACUUUCGGAAGAAGCAAGAGGAGAAAAAAAAAAAAAAAAAGAAGGAUCUAUCGCUGGUCCCCCCUGGCCGACUCUGGACGCCGCUCUUGCCCCCUCCCUACGUUCCCUCUUGCUUCUUCCCUUCCCGGAGAGGGGAGAGGACUGGGAGGAGGGCAGGCCAGGGGCCCCAGAGGAGGGGGGCGCCGAGGGGCCGUAAUUAGAAGGAGCAAUAGCAGCAGCAGCAGGAGAAGAUGCUGAGGAUGCGGACCAUGGGAUGGGCGCGCGCCUGGUGUCUGGGCUGCUGUCUCCUCUUUCCGCUCUCGCUUAGCCUAGCGGCGGCCAAGCAACUCCUCCGGUACCGACUGGCGGAGGAGGGCCCAGCAGACGUCCGCAUCGGCAACGUCGCCUCAGACUUGGGCAUCGUGACCGGCUCCGGUGAGGUGACUUUCAGCCUCGAGUCGGGCUCAGAGUACCUGAAGAUCGACAACCUCACCGGCGAGCUCAGUACCAGCGAGCGGCGCAUCGACCGCGAGAAACUGCCCCAGUGUCAGAUGAUCUUCGACGAGAACGAGUGCUUCCUGGACUUCGAGGUGUCGGUGAUCGGGCCCUCGCAGAGCUGGGUGGACCUGUUCGAGGGUCGGGUCAUCGUGCUCGACAUCAACGACAACACGCCCACCUUCCCGUCACCCGUGCUCACGCUCACGGUGGAGGAGAACCGGCCGGUGGGCACUCUCUACCUGCUGCCUACAGCCACCGACCGGGACUUCGGCCGCAACGGCAUUGAGCGCUACGAGCUGCUGCAGGAGCCUGGGGGCGGCGGCGGCGGCGGCGGCGAGGGCCGGCGCGCCGGGCCUGCCGACAGCGCCCCCUACCCCGGGGGCGGCGGGAACGGCGGGAGCGGCGGCGGCCCCGGGGGCUCCAAGCGGCGGCUGGACGCGCCGGAAGGCGGCGGCGGGACCAGCCCGGGCGGACGCAGCAGCGUGUUCGAACUGCAGGUGGCCGACACCCCGGAUGGCGAAAAGCAGCCGCAGCUGAUCGUGAAGGGGGCGCUGGACCGCGAACAGCGCGACUCCUACGAGCUGACCCUGAGGGUGCGCGACGGUGGCGACCCGCCUCGCUCCUCCCAGGCCAUCCUGCGGGUGCUCAUCACCGACGUGAACGACAACAGCCCCCGCUUCGAGAAGAGCGUGUACGAGGCUGACCUGGCCGAGAACAGCGCCCCGGGGACCCCCAUCCUGCAGCUGCGUGCCGCCGACCUGGACGUGGGGGUCAACGGGCAGAUCGAGUACGUGUUCGGGGCGGCUACCGAGUCCGUGCGGCGGCUGCUGCGCCUAGACGAGACGUCCGGCUGGCUCAGUGUCCUGCACCGUAUAGACCGCGAGGAAGUGAACCAGCUGCGCUUCACGGUCAUGGCCCGCGAUCGCGGGCAGCCCCCCAAGACAGACAAAGCCACGGUGGUCCUUAAUAUCAAGGACGAGAACGACAACGUGCCGUCCAUUGAAAUCCGCAAGAUCGGGCGUAUCCCACUCAAGGACGGGGUGGCCAACGUGGCCGAGGACGUUCUGGUGGACACCCCCAUCGCCCUGGUACAGGUGUCUGACCGAGACCAAGGCGAGAAUGGAGUGGUCACCUGCACCGUGGUGGGCGACGUGCCCUUCCAGCUCAAGCCGGCCAGUGACACGGAGGGCGACCAGAACAAGAAAAAGUACUUCCUGCACACCUCGGCCCCUUUGGACUAUGAGACCACCAAGGAGUUCAACGUGGUCAUAGUGGCGGUGGACUCGGGCAGCCCCAGUCUCUCCAGCAACAACUCCCUGAUUGUCAAGGUGGGAGACACCAACGACAACCCGCCUGUCUUUGGGCAGUCGGUGGUGGAGGUGUACUUUCCUGAGAACAACAUCCCCGGAGAGAGGGUAGCCACGGUGCUGGCUACAGACGCGGACAGUGGGAAAAACGCGGAAAUCGCCUACUCGCUGGACUCUUCCGUGAUGGGGAUCUUUGCCAUCGAUCCCGAUUCUGGGGACAUCCUCGUCAAUACCGUGCUGGACCGCGAGCAGACUGACAGGUAUGAGUUUAAAGUUAACGCCAGAGACAAAGGCGUCCCCGUGCUGCAAGGCAGCACCACAGUGAUUGUUCAGGUGGCUGACAAGAAUGACAAUGACCCUAAGUUCAUGCAGGACGUCUUUACCUUUUAUGUGAAGGAAAAUUUACAGCCCAACAGCCCCGUGGGAAUGGUCACAGUGAUGGAUGCUGACAAGGGGCGCAAUGCAGAGAUGAGCCUGUACAUAGAGGAGAACAGUAACAUUUUUUCCAUUGAAAAUGACACGGGGACUAUUUACUCCACGAUGUCUUUUGACAGAGAACAUCAGACCACAUAUACUUUCAGAGUCAAAGCUGUGGAUGGGGGAGAGCCUCCCAGAUCUGCAACAGCCACGGUCUCUCUCUUUGUGAUGGAUGAGAAUGACAAUGCUCCCACUGUCACCCUCCCCAGAAAUAUUUCCUACACUUUACUGCCACCUUCGAGUAACGUCAGGACAGUAGUUGCUACAGUGUUGGCAACAGACAGUGAUGAUGGCAUCAAUGCAGACCUUAACUACAGCAUUGUGGGAGGGAAUCCCUUCAAGCUGUUUGAGAUUGAUUCCACCAGUGGUGUGGUUUCCUUAGUGGGAAAACUCACCCAAAAGCAUUAUGGUUUGCACAGGUUGGUGGUGCAAGUGAAUGACAGUGGGCAGCCUUCCCAGUCUACCACGACUCUGGUGCAUGUGUUUGUCAAUGAAAGUGUUUCUAAUGCAACUGUGAUUGACUCCCAGAUAGCCAGAAGUUUGCACACCCCCCUCACCCAGGAUAUAGCUGGUGACCCAAGCUAUGAAAUUAGCAAACAGAGACUCAGUAUUGUCAUUGGGGUGGUUGCUGGAAUUAUGACUGUGAUUCUAAUCAUCCUAAUUGUAGUGAUGGCAAGAUAUUGCCGGUCCAAAAAUAAGAAUGGCUAUGAAGCUGGCAAGAAAGAUCAUGAAGACUUUUUUACACCCCAACAGCAUGACAAAUCUAAAAAGCCUAAAAAGGACAAGAAAAACAAAAAAUCUAAGCAGCCACUCUACAGCAGCAUUGUCACUGUAGAAGCUUCUAAACCAAAUGGACAGAGGUAUGAUAGUGUCAAUGAGAAGCUGUCAGACAGCCCAAGCAUGGGCCGAUACCGAUCUGUUAAUGGUGGGCCUGGCAGUCCUGACCUGGCCAGGCAUUACAAAUCUAGUUCCCCCUUGCCUACUGUCCAGCUUCACCCCCAGUCACCAACUGCAGGAAAAAAACACCAGGCCGUACAAGAUUUACCACCAGCUAAUACAUUUGUGGGAGCAGGAGACAACAUUUCAAUUGGAUCAGAUCACUGUUCUGAGUACAGCUGUCAAACCAAUAACAAAUACAGCAAACAGAUGCGUCUACAUCCAUACAUUACUGUGUUUGGCUGAAUUCCACUCAAAUAUGAUGCUCCAUUAUGCACCAUACUCUGAUGACCUUGCUACUUCGAAAGCUGCUGGAGCCUGCCCUUGGCCGUGGGGUGUCAGCCAAUCACUGCUUGUUCAUUUGUUGUGCAUUUGAUUUUUAAUUUUUUUUUCUCAUUUAAGGAAAAAUAGUAUUGAAAUAAAUAAACUUAUAAAAGAAAGAGUAUUAAUAAAGAAAUAUACUAUUAGUGAGUGUCAGUUACCAGGAACUACAUUCUCAGAGAGGUAGUUAGCAGAAUUUAAUAAUGAAGUCUUUAAAAAAAAAUCUAAAAGUGUAUUUCAGCAAUGAUUUUAAGACUCUGGCUUUGUGUAAACCAAGGAAAAUUAAGUCUAUGAAGUCUCUGUCUAUAAUAUAUUAAAUAAUGACUAUGAAUAAAAUCCUAAAUUACUCAAUAGUUUUAAAGUGUUACAUAUUCAAAGCCUUUUCCAGCCCAGGGAGAUAGUUCUGCUAGAGUGAAGGAUAGUGUCUCUUGCGCAUUCUGGGUGUAUAUUUCUAAAUGCCACUGUGUGUAUUUGUAUGUGCUCCCACAGAUUAUAUGCAAAGACUUUGAGCAACAUUUAUAACAAAUAUUUUCUCUAAGACAAAUUUGAGAGAUUUAUUUUGUGCUUACCACAGGCACUGCCAAUGGGUUGUUUUUUCCCUAAUCUUGAAAUAUUGACCAAGAUAUCUGUAGAAUUUUCACGACUUUGUUGUUGUUGCUAAAUUUCUUAAGAAAAUUUAGAACCUUUGAGUUAGAUUCACAGUCACGGUGAUCACAUUCAGAAGGAAGUAGUUUUUGUUUAUCAGAAGACUAUUCUAUCUGAUGUCAGGUAACAUAAGUUCAAGCAGCUUCUGAGAAUUCAGCAUGUUAUAUAUUUUUGAGAAAGCAAGUAGCUGAAUUUUAGCUAUACAAAUAGUAAUUUUCUAGGUAAGUCAAGAAUUCUCUGCAUGUUCCCUCUAACUCUCUGUUUAUAUAUUUAUGUCUCUAUUUGUCAUGUUGUAUGUGUUUGUGUGCCUAAAAUAAGUGUUCCAUAUAUAAACUUUGAUAAUUUUGUAAUAUAUUUAUCAUACCAUCUGCCCUCUUAAAGUUUCCCCAAGUUUUGAGAUACUGACCAAGAAUUCCAGAUUCUUGAGAAUUUUUUGGUGAAUUAUUGUCAAUAUAAAAGCCUUUUAAGGAAAAAAAAUAUGGGACAACAUAAAUAUGCAGAGUGAUAGGAAAUGCUCACUAACACUUAAUCACUAAUGCAUGUAUUUCAAGUUGUUUAUUUUAUUAGCUGUUUAUUUAACUUUGCAAAAAGGAAAUUUUCAGAAUAUCACUGAGACUAUAGUGAAAUUCUUCAAUAAAACCUAAUUAUCAUUAAUCUCUCAUUUUGUUUUGAGCAUAGGACCAGUGUAAGAAACUGGUAAAAAACAAAAACUUCUUACCACUUUUGGCUUCUUGGAAAUAUUAUGUUUUCUCAUCCUAAAGUAAUAAACUUCCUUAGACGUAUACUUAAAAUCCUGGACUGAAUCACAUCAACUCAAAGACAAGUUACAGACAAACAACAACAACAAAAAAAAAAUGUCCAGAAUUUUGAGAUAAACUAAUGUGUAACCACAUGGAGGGAAUAUUUAUGAAUACCUUCACAAAGAACAUUCUGAGGCACGAUUUUGCAAACUUGGGUAUGUGAUUCAAUUUGUGAAUUUCUACCACAAUCCGAAAGAUGCAAAAUAAAGCAGAAAAAUUUCAAGUAGACCAUUCAUACAGUGAGGCUAAAUAUUUUCUUGUGCAAUCCUUAUUUCAGUUGUGUUUGUAUGCCUGCAUUAGCCCCUGCUUUUGGUUGCUAUGUACAAAAUUUGUCUUCUUCUGGAAGGAGCCCAAAAGGAAUGAGAACCACCCCUUUAGAUUGUUCCAAAUGGGAAACAGUGGCUAUUUACUGUUAUCAUUAGAAAACAUAAUAAAUCAAAACAAAAAAGUACUAACAAUCCCAAGGAUUUUAGUGUGCUUAAAAGCUGAAUCAGAAUAAUCAACAGCAGCAAGCUAUGAGAUGUCUAUUAUCAUCCCUCUGAUGUUUUCUUGUUUUGUUUUUUUUUUUCAUCUUUGAACAUUUUGUCAUUGGUUCUUGUCCCUGCACAGACUUCCCCUCUACCCUAACCCCCUGCUCCCAAAUGUUCUCUACAUCAGAUCUCUUGACCACUCUCCAUUUCAGUUACUGGAAUUUACCAUUUAGGGAGGUACCAAUGGACAAAUGGAAAUAGACUCAGAGCAAUCCACCACCUUAUAUCUUUUAGCAUUUGGACAUUUUAUUUUAAAUGACAAUGCAAUACACUGCAGUGGAAUAUGAGGAUGUUAGAGACUGAUUUAAGUAAAGUUUAUUUAUUUUAACACAUCCAAUAUCAGCUGAUACUGAGUAUGCAAAGAAAAAUAAGAUAAGUCUUUGUCUUCAUGGAAUUGAUGUAUUGUAAAGUAGAUUACAGAGCAGAAAAAUGAUAGAUUGUGUUUGCCCUAUGCUUCUAAAGUUUCAAAUCAUUGAAUGCAUGUUUGCUCCUCAGAGCAAUCUUUGAGGAAAAGCACCAUUAUUAUUUCGGAGGUAAGGAAACUGGAGUAAUGAACAGCUUUUUCAGGACCCUGAUGGAACUAGCAAAGAACUUGAUCAAGUCUCGGAAGAAAUAGCCAAUCAGAAUUCAAAAGUACUGAAAGCAUUUGGUGGAAGUGGUGAAAUUUGUGCUUUUGAAUACAGUAUAUUUUUAGACUUACUUGGGUAAACUCUUCCCAAAAGAAUUAGAACAAGCCCAGUUUUUCGAACUUUUUCUAGUCACAACCUACACUUUAUACUAUCAAAAAAACUGUUGUGGGGAUAAUGUGAAGAUCUAAUCAAUUACCCUAUUUUGUAAACAACAGCCCCAUAUGAGAUUAAAAACAGACAAACCUCAAGAAUUAAGUAAGCAACCAAGAUUAUCAUUUAUUUUUGAGGCUAUCUCUAGAAAAACUACCAAUAUCCUCCAGAAGUAAUUCCACAGUUUGAAAUGUCUCUGGGAAUUUCUAUCUGUAAUUUUGCAAAACACUUAUCUUGGUUGUGUAUAACUUUUGUAAUCCAUUUAUUUUCUAGAGAAUGGGUUGCUUUGCUUUCUCUUUUAUACACUAUGCAAGGCUUUGUAAUUAAAAUGAUGGCCAAAACAAAACUCUUUAGUGCAAAAAUAAUACACUACUACUUAAGGCAAGGGGUAGGUGAAGCUCAGAGAGACUGCCCCCAAGUUUGUCUUGUCCAUCAAGAGAUUCCCAGUGCCUGCUAGAGUGCUCAGCAUACAGGAGAUACCCCUAAAUAUUUGUGAAACAAACAAACGAUCAAAGGGCCUGGGCUUUAGUGCUAAGGAGCCUGAAAAUCCGUCGACAUCAGGUCACUGAACUGUGGUAUGGCCUCUUUGAUUUCAAACUCUGAGAACAUCCUAGUUGUUAUUUUCUUUCCCUGCUGGGUGAUGUCUCCAGGAUAAAGGACUACCUGCCGGGUUGGCUUGAGUCCCUGCCUUCUCUGCAGGAUGUCUCUCUUGUUUCUGUACCAAAUGAGCAAUUCUCUGAUUCCCCCUCCUGGCUUCUUCUUAGUGGUGUUAUAAACACCAAACCCUUCAAAAAGAUUAAACUAAAGCAAAUGUGGGAGGGAGGCACUGGUCACACGGUAGACUUCUGAUAUAUUUUGAGGGGCUGUGAAGAGGUGUGUAGACAUCUGGGUUUUCAGGAUUUUUUGGGAGAUCCUCAUCUGUGAGGAAAUAUGGAUACAUGCACGCCCAUGCACAUGCAUGGGUCUCUGUAUUCAUCAAUUUAUAUAUCCCUGCAAGUAUUAUUCAUUCACUGUGUCAACCUAUGCUCACUGAUAAUGUAUUAUUUUUUUCCUUUUUCAUUCUGACUUUCCCAGGGGAGCAGUUGUUUUUAAAGAUGAGAGUCUAGCAUAUCUGUAAAGAGAAAGAUGUACUUGAUGUACUCAGGAAAGAAGUCUAGGAGAGGGGAUAUGUCCUUCCUGUGGACUGAUGGGCAGCGAAGCUGAGAAAUGCCUUACAACUCCAAAGCACUCCUUAGAAGUCCCGAGAUUCUAAGAAGUGCCUCUUUUAAAUUGCAAAUGACCUCUGAAGGAGUUGAUUCUGUCUUUGGCACACCUGGGUGUCAAUUGCUCUAAGCGGAUAAUGAGGUCAGCACCUCCCAAAGAUCAAUAGUUCUUAAGAAAUGGGGAUUUUGAUGAGGACCCUGAGGAAGGGUGAACAGCCUUCCCCAGUUUAGAAGACUGAGACCUCUGUUAAGGCACCACGUGUCUGGGACUCCAGCUGGGAGUCAGGAAGUAAGGUGAGAUUAUAGCCGAAAAGGGUAUUCAGUCCUGAUAAAAGCAAAGGUUUGUGUCCUUGAUUUUGUGACCGGAGGGCUGACACUAGAUGUCUAGGUUUUAUAAGACUGUAAAACUGGUGUUAAAAAGUAGUCAGGGUUUAUUUUCUCCCAUUUCUACUAGUUGUUUUGUUUGGUUUUGGUUUUCAGCCUGCAGUAUCAGUGCUCUCUAUCUUCAUUCAUUUUCUACUCCUGUACUUUCGUGAGAAGAAGAGGAACAAAGAAGAAGAAAAGAAGGGGGGAAAAGGCAACCACUGCAUGGCUAUACACUCACCUUCUCCCUAUUAUUAUUAUUAGACUACUGUAAUCAAAAUAGUUGCCAUAUUGUUGCCAUGUAGCUGUUGCUUAUCCUAA